CUGUAGACGAAAGAUGCGCUUCACCUACGCUUUGAGCCUUUUGUUGUUGCUGCUUGUCAGCGUACUGGCAAGUGGUUUUCCCCAGAGUGGCCCGCCACCUCCGGGCAGACGACCGGGCCAACCACCAGGCCCUCCACCAUCGGGUCCACCACCAACUACAACCACAGCAUCGUCCGGUUAAUCCUUGCCUUCCCGAUUCUGCAAUCACAACAACCAACGACAUGGCUAAUACCUACUAGUAAUUUCUACUUACUGACUUUUUUUUUUCUUCUCUAACAAUAUCUCGAUUAAAGUUUGUAUAAUAAUGAGCAGCAACUA